UGUCCAUUCAGCUUCUACAAUAAAUGCAGCCAAAGGGGCAGUCACUUCUCAUCAGUCACAAAAGUCUCCUCUUUAGACCUCACUCUCACAAAAGCCAUUUCUCAUCAUGCCAAACCAACAAAAGAAAGUCAUUUUUUGUAUGGCUGGGGUGUUAAGCUUCGUGUGCGCCCUUGGAGUUGUGACAGCCCUGGGGACACCGUUGUGGAUCAAAGCCACCUUCCUCUGCAAAACAGGGGCUCUGCUCGUCAAUGCCUCUGGGCAGGAGCUGGACAAGUUCAUGGGAGAAAUGCAGUACGGGCUUUUCCACGGAGAGGGUGUGAGGCAGUGCGGGCUGGGAGCGAGGCCCUUUCGGUUCUCACUUUUCCCAGAUUUGCUCAAAGUGAUCCCCUUGAGCAUCCACGUCAACGUCAUUCUCUUCUCCACGAUCCUGGUUGUUUUAACCAUGGUGGGAACGGCCUUCUUCAUGUAUAAUGCUUUUGGCAAGCCCUUUGAAACCCUUCAUGGCCCACUAGGGUUGUAUCUUUUGAGCUUCAUGUCAGGCUCCUGUGGCUGUCUUGUCAUGAUACUGUUUGCCUCUGAAGUGAAAAUCCACCACCUCUCAGAAAAAAUUGCAAAUGAUAAAGAAGGGACUUACGCCUACAAAACGCAAAGUGAAAAAUACACCACUUCGUUCUGGGUUGUUUUCAUUUGCUUUUUUGUUCAUUUUUUGAAUGGGCUCUUAAUACGACUUGCUGGAUUUCAGUUUCCUUUUGCAAAAUCUAAAGACACGGAGACGACCAAUGUAGCUGCAGAUCUAAUGUACUGAAAGGCAACUAUUCCUGUGAUCUGCCAAGUAAGGGAGUCGACUUGCUCUGGUCACUUGGAAAUGGUUAAUUUUGUCCGUCCUUUCAGAUGCACAAAUGAAAGCAUCCAAGCCCUCCGUGGCAAUGUUUACAGAUGAGGUACUAAGGAUACAGGCUCAGUAAGGGGAGCAGAAGGAAGGUUUGAGAAGGUUGUUUUACUUCAUGGGAACUGCUUGCUUAAAGCUCUUGACUAGAAGGGACAAAUUGUUACCCUAUGUACGCAUCAAAGUGUAAAAUGCCUGCUCCAUCAGGAAGGAAUGAAAAGGCACGGGGACUACGUUUUAAUACAAACAGAUACGAUUUCUGAUACAUCCACACAUUUGUUGCCAGAGACACCAGGAAAUAAAGCUGGAAUCGCUUUCCUAAAAUGAUAGUGCACUAAGUGAGCAUUGAUGAAAAGUAUCCACAUGCUUUUUUUUUUUUUUUAAGUUCGUUUAAAGCACAGUCUUAUUAUCCAUGCCUGUUGGUCAAAAUUUGCAAACCUCUAAAUGGAAAAAAAAAAAAAAAGGCGGGUGGGGAAACACAGUACUUUAAACAGACAUACUUGCUGGGACCACUGACGAAUCAUGCAAAAUGACUCUUCUUAGUAAACUUAAUGCAAAUGACUCACUGGGGCUGUUGUUUCUAACUUUAGUGUCUUUAAGCACUAAUUCCCACUUAUGAAAAUUACAUUACAUUCUGGGAUUGUGAUGGUAUCACUACAUCUCGGUUUGGGGCCUGGCUGUCACAAAGCAUGACCCAAGCCCAUUUUCUUUUUCCUGAAUUACCCAUGAAAUUGACCUGCAGCUGACCAAAGACCACAAGUGAGUCCAAACAGACACUUCCUCUGUCCCUGACCUGCUGCCCUCAAGAAAGCACUCAGGAAGAAGCAGAGAAUGACAGAGAAUACACCACCAGGCCCCUCGCCACAGCUGCUGGGUACUUAGCCGCCAUACAAGAGGUUCUGAAAGUGCUCACUUAAAAAAAAAAA